AUAUAACCACUUUUAAUAUUUAUUGCAGUCUCCUUUUGAUGCCAAAUUUGAAGAAACACAACUUGCUUCUCUUAGCGUUUCUAUCUUGCGUCAUUUUUUUCCUCUCUCUCUGUCUUUUUUUUUUCCGUUUUCAUCCUGGGAAACUCCCCACCCGGUUUUACAUUUUUCAAAGGUACUCUGGCUCACUUACAUUUUAUUGUGAAAUCGUCCACUUUCCAGCUCCCUUGCAGGACACCAGAGUGGGCGCCUCUGUGCGGAACGUCUGACCCAUGACUUUUCAGAAAUACACUUGAGAAACUCUAAGGCCACGAUCCCCUUUGUCCAGUCCACCACGUCUAUUUCCACACCGCCGAAACCUGGCCAGCAGCGCAGGUCACUUUCAAAACUUUCUGGGCUCUGUCGGUCCCCGUAGAGGCGUCAUGACGUCUUGCUCGCGACGCUGCUGGUUUCCCUGGUGACGGUUGCCAGGGCAGCGGGCGCUAGCGUCCGGAAGAGGGUACCCGGCUCCUGCGGUCCCAGGUCCUAGAAGUGAGAAGCAGCAGGACCGCUGGCGAUCGCGAUGGCCGCAGACCAGGCCUCGCAGGACACCAUGCGGCUGCAGUUCAAGGCGAUGCAGGAGCUGCAGCACCGCAGGCUGCAGAAGCAGAUGGAGGCGAAGAGGGACAAGAGCCUGCGCCUGCAGAGCGACACUGGCGACCAGGAAGCGCCCUCGGGAGUCCCCGACGGCCUCAGCCUCCUCCUCUCGGGGGAGCAGGACUUGCAGAGCGUCUUCCAGCAGAGGGUGCUCGAGGAUGAGGUCCAGCAGCUGCGUGAGGAGCUGCGGGAGACGGGGGACGAGAACGGGCGGCUGUAUAAGCUGCUGAAGGAGAGGGACUUUGAAAUCAAGCACCUCAAAAAGAAAAUAGAAGAGGACAGAUUUGCCUUCGCAGGGACAGCCGGCCCCGCGGGAGACCUGGUUGCCACCAAAGUCGUGGAGCUGUCCAAAAGGAACCGCGUGCUGGCAGUGGAGUCGGAGGGCGCGAGAGCCCGGGCGAAGCAGCUGAGUGGUCGCGUCCAGGAGCUGGAGCGGGAGCUGCAGACGGCCCUGGCCAGGCUGCCAGCCAAGGGGGCCGCAGAUGCAGAAGCCAAGCCGCCGAGGCCCCUGAUGGGAGAUGGCACCUUGCCAGAGACCCCCGAGGUGAAGGCCCUGCAGGACCGGCUGGCGGCCACGAACCUGAAGAUGAGUGACCUACGAAACCAGGUCCAGGCCAUGAAGCAGGAGCUCCGAGCGGCCCAGAAGGUUUUGGCCAGCGAGGUUGGGGAAGACGUGAACGUGCAGCAGCUCCUGUCCUCGCCGGGGACCUGGAGGGGCCGUGCGCAGCAGAUCCUUGUCCUGCAGAGCAAGGUCCGGGAGCUUGAGAAGCAGUUGGGACAGUCCCGGAGCAGGUCUGCGGGGACAGCCGGUGACGAGCUGUCUGUCCACCCAGACCCCAGGAAGCUGUCGCCACAGGAGAGGAACCUGCAGCGGAUCCGCAGCCUGGAAAGGGAAAGGCAGGAAGGCUGGGAGAAGCUCACAGGCGAGCGAGACGCCCUCCAGGCCGAGCUGGAGGGGCUGAGGAGGAAGUUCGAGGGCAUGCGCUCCCGGAACAAGGUCCUGUCCAGCGAGGUGAAGACCCUCCGGGGCCAGAUGGGGACGCUGGCCGAGAAGGGCAGGCACGAUGAUGAGCUCAUUGACGCCCUCAUGGAGCAGCUGAAGCAGCUGCAGGAGACGCUGAGCAGCCUGAGCCUGCAGGAGGAGAAGACACGCGCGUCCCAGCGCCACCAGGACCAGAAGGCCCACAGCGAGGCCCAGAGGAGCAGCAGCCUGGUAGCCCAGCUGCAGGCCAUGGUGGCCGAGCGGGAGGCCAAGGUGAAGCAGCUGGAGCAGGACAUCAGGCAGCUCGGCGUGCAGUACCUCCAGGAUAAAGGAGCCAGCGAGGGGCCCUGUGGGCCUGAGGGCCGCCCCACUCACCCUGGGCCCCCAGGGGAACAGGGCCCGGCCAGGUCCCCGGGCUCCUCGGGUGACCACUCCGGCCAGCUGGGAUCCUCUCGCGCCGUGAGCAGCCUGGGCCACACGCUGGUGGAGUCCGCGCUCACAAGGCCUUCCCUGUCUGCCCCCCAUGGGACCACACCCAGGCUCCCAGACCCCCCAGAGCAGAAAGGCUGGCAGGCUGAGGUGGCAGAGACCAAGGCUCUGUGGCAGGCGGCCGAGGUGGAGCGGGACCGGCUCGCCGAGUUUGUCACGGUGCUGCAGAAAAGGGUGGAGGACGGCAGCACCAGGCUCCUGGAGGCCGAGAGGGAGCUGCGGGCAGCGCGGCAGCGCUCGGCAGUGCUGGAGCAGCAGCUGGAGAAGGCGCGGCUGGAGCCUGGCCGGGCCGCGGCCAGGGGCAGAGCAGGCCUGCCUGCCUCCAGCGCCAGGAACAACUCAACAGGGAGUGAGAAGAAGGCUCCGUCCUCUUCCCAGCUGCCCAUGGAGUCCCGGGUGGAGGAGCUGACAGCCAGGCUGGCCGUGCAGGCGGAGGAGAACGAGCUGCUGCGUGCUGCCCUGGGCAGCGCCCUGAGGGGCAAGGAGGAGGACUUCCGCGUGUACCACGAGACGCUGGCCCAGGUGAAGGGCGUCUUCCUGCAGGCCCUGCGGCAGCAGCGGGCUGACCGCCACUAGGAGGGUGGCCCAGUGUCCGUGGGCUCCCAGAACCUGGCCUGUGGGGACCUGGGCAUCAUCGGCCACUGCUGGGGGACACACGGGAUCCCCUGAGCUGGGCCUGCGUGCCCCGCCCGGCACCACCUGUGCCCCCCGACCCGGGCCCUGGCUCCCCAUCCUCUGUGGCUGGGACCUGGAAUAAUAAUCACCACGUCCAUGAA